UCAAUUUAUUUGAUUUUCUAAUCAUUUUCCAUCACUGCAUCUAUUGUGUUUUAUAUUUCUAAGAUAUAAAUUUCCCAAAGGAAUAGGUAUACACGACAUGGCUAAUUUUAUUUUCAUUGAAAGCAUCUUUCUUUCUCUGUUUUGGAUAAUCUGAUUUGCAUAAAUUCCAAAUAUUGUAUUCUGCUCCGCGAAAUCAUAAAUCAUGUUGUUGAUGUAAUUUUUCAACAAAAAUAAAGUAAAAUUCAAAGAUAUAGAAAAUAUCCUUAAACUUGAUUAAUUAGUGCCUGAGAUUAGGAAUCUCUAAACACUGUAAUGUACAGAAAAUAAACUGGAAAAUAAAAGACUGAAAUUUAAAGUGGUGAUCCCCAAAUCUGACUUUGCUUUGUUGAAGUUGAUUGAAGAUGCCUUGCCAAAUGAUUAUCCAAGCCUUUAAAUAUUCUCUGGGAAACCGUACCGAAAACCGUCACCCGAACGGUUACAACGUCUCCUUCCCAACCGUCUUCCAACCCUUCUCAUGCUGACACGCGUCCCCAGCAGACCAAAAUUAUCCCUAUAUUUCACUCUUUGCGCCGACCACAGACCUUCCGCUCUUUUGGCCCGACUGCCAAUCUACAAUAGUAUGGGUCCGACCGCCAAUCCUCCCGACUUGCGAACCAUCUGGCUUGAGGUCUUUCCGCCCUGGGGACUUCCCGACCUGAAAACCUUCCGACUUGAGGUCUUUCCGUCUUGAGGACCUCCCAUCCUGAAAACCUUCCGACUUGAGGUCUUUCCGCCUUGAGGACUUCCCGACCUAAAAACCUUCCGACUUGAGGUCUUUCCGUCUUGAGGACUUCCCGACUUGAAAACCUUCCGACUUGAGGUCUUUCCGCCUUGAGGACUUCCCGACCUGAAAACCUUCCGACUUGAGGUCUUUCCGCCUUGAGGACCUCCCGACCUGAAAACCUUCCGACUUGAGGUCUUUCCGUCUUGAGGACCUCCCGACCUGAAAACCUUCCGACUUGAGGUCCUUCCGUCUUGAGGACCUACCGACCUGAGGUCCUUCCGUCCUAAUGACUUUCCGUCUUGAGGACCUACCAACCUGAAGACCUUCCGACCUGAUGACUUUCCGUCUUGAGGACCUACCGACCUGAAGACCUUCCGACCUGAUGACUUUCCGUCUUGAGGACCUACCGACCUGAAGACCUUCCGACCUGAGGUCCUUCCGUCUUGAGGAUCUACCGACCUGAAGACCUUCCGACCUGAGGACUUUCCUUAGUAAUAAACCUAUUUUCCUUGAUUUCCUCAUGGUGCCCUUCAGUCAGUUCAAUCAACUCUAUUGCCAGGCCCAUUCUUCUUUUUACCUUGGGCUUUUAACCUAAUUCUAAAUUUCGUACGUAACAACUUGCCCGCCGCCAAGGGACUUUCAAACGCCAUUUAACAAUCAAUGUUUGGAAGUUCAUAAAUCACCACCCUCUUGAAAAACUCCCUUAGCAACUGCACCAGUUACUGCAACUCUCCUGAGUAACUUCCUUCUCCGCAAUACAAGCUUUUCUGAAUCACAAUCCCAAAACACUCUAACCAUGGCGAAUCAAUACAUUCCUGCCCUUCCCUUCGACGGAACCCUCCCGGAGGGCCCAUUUUCAGCCUCGAAAGUACUGACUCCGACGAUCCGUCCAUAUUGCACUACUCCUGAAGAUUCUAAUCGGAUGAGGGAAGUCUUGGAAUCCCGAAAUCUCUUGGCUAUCAACAACCCUAACUACCAAGCACUUCGCAUUCGAGACAGCAUCAAAACCCAUCUUACGGACCCAAAAGAUCCUUACUGCGCUUGGUAUCGACGGGUAGCAGAACACUUCCAAACCCAAUGGCGUUCCCAAAAGAUCGACCAAGCAAUACUACUGUCCACUAUGCCUAUCAACCUGCAUGAGAAGGUGUUGUUGGCCAUGUCUGCCUUCUGGAAUGCGGAAAAUGGGACUUUCCUCUUCCCAUCAGGCCCCUUUGGCCCAACUCUUAUGGACGUUGCAAUGAUCGCGCAUCUCCCAGUCGUGGGUGAAGACCCUGUAAUGGGAGCCCUAGAUGGGCAGGAGCCAUCAGAAGACCAUCCAGGGUGGUCUUUACAAGGUGUGAAGGAAUGGGGUUGGACAAAGUUCGCAACCGACCAGCAAGGGACUCCAGGGACCCCUGUAACCGACCGGGAGCAUACUGCCUUUAUCCUUUUUUGGCUUUGUAGGUACGUCAUUGUUUCCCCUUCCAAAUGUGUUCUUCCUUCUCAUCUCGACCUAGCCAUUCAUAUCGCGUCAGGUCGUUUUUUCUCUCUUGGCACCCUGUUUUUAGCCAAUCUGUUUGAAGGACUCACUAGAGUUAGCCUUCGUUUAACAGAUAAUGAUAAUAGGAAAUUAGACACUGCCGCGUCGGGUCCUUUUUGGUUUUUAGAACUUUGGUUCCGGCUCUACUUCCCCAACGCGUUUAACUUAGGAUCUCCGCCCACUAUGCCAACAGCUGAAAAACAUUUGGGAUUAGCCCUUAACCGACUCUGCUCAGGACGCAAUAACCUCCAAUCUUCCGAUCCAAUAAUAAUCGCAGUUUUAACAGAUACCCGCAGUAACUCUCGAUUUUCUAUGUAUAAAAAGUAUGCGGGCUAUGCUCCCGACCAUUUUUGGCCUUUUCCAGUACCAAAUCCGCUUCCGACUCCUGAGCCUUGUCCUCAUUCCACUUAUCCUUUUGCCUGGGACGUUGCCCUCAAACCCAGGUCCCUCUUUAGUAGCAAAAAACUUGAUAAAAAGGGGCAGAAAACCUUUUACACUUUUAAUUAUGAACCUCAAUUCAUGGCGCGCCAGUUCGGCUGUUGCCAGGGUAUCCCUGGACCCGUCGCGUGUCCGCAUAUAAUUUUUCAAAGCCCUGACCGACGAGUCCUACCGAAUUCAAUCCCUUCUUAUAUCUCCCAGCUCACCACGUAUAUAACUUCCAAUUCUUAUAUUCCUUUCCGCUCCAACCCUGAGACUGUAGAUACUUUCAAUGAAUGGUGGUCGGUUGUAUGGCCCCUGAUUUCCCCUGAUGAGGGUCGGUUGCUGAACAUACUCCUUCCACCCCAAGGAUUGGUUCUAGGGGCGGCUAGACAUACUAGCACACAACAACAAACAGCCGCCCCGGGAACCGGGUCUGUUGUUCCAACGCGAAAAAGGAAAGCGUCCCGGCUGCCAACACCCCCGACCUCUGGGGCCGAUCAGCAAGCACCAGCGGACCUUGGAACUACGAAAACAUCAGCAAGGAUCCGACCCCGAAUAGAACCGACCUUGGCAGCCCCGACCACACAACCGACGCCAACCCCAGCCGACCAACCUUUGGUCCCGACUGAGGCAGUUCCUCUCCAAACUCCUACUCCACUUCUUACUUUGCCAAUGAGCAGUCGGACGGAGGACCCGACGAGGAGGCAAACUCUUCCUCCCGUACCGAGGAGUGGUCGGGCCAGGCACCCGACCAGGAGGCAAUCUUUACAAGAACUGCCUAUAGCACCAACACCUUCACCCAUCGGAUCAGCAGCAAGGGUCUCUUCUGACAGCGAGGGGACUACUUCCCAGAUGGGUCGACCGCCAUACAUGGCAUCAGACUCAUCCAUUCCGCAGGAACAACCAGCCGCCCUCGCCGAAACUGACCCUCAAGACGACAUCCUUGAUGCUGCUGAUCCCGAAAUCGAAGGUGUCCCUGCUGCGGCUAUCUCAGGUGCUCCAGAGAUCCCGGCUGCAAUGGCUCUAGAUGCAGCCGCCCAACCUGCAGCCGCCCAGCCAGCAGCAGCGUUACCUCCAGCAAUUGAGUGGCAGGCAGAAGAACCACCUGUGGCAGCCCAACCUCCAGAAAUGGAAGAAGUGUCUUCGUCCGAUUCGGAGACUUCUGUGAAUUUGGGACCCAGGUCGGCACCUCAACGACCAUUCGCAGCAGCCGACGAGUCGGCUGCUAUUAUACCAGCUGUCUGCCCUACUCGACCGACCUCAUUGCUGCCCCCCUCACUGACAGCAGUCCGCCCAGAGGGGCCUUCGGACUUAGCUGUCCUAUCGACUGUUCCGGUUCCGGCGGAAGCCCGAACCAUAUUCACUGAGGCCAUUAACCAUCCCCUGUCAGAAUUAGGAUCUGACUUAUUGGACAGACUCAUUCAGACGGUUGGUGGCCUUCUUUUUUACACUCCAACGGAAUCGCCAGCCGUCCCCAUUCUGCAUCGGCUGAUGGAAAGACUUACAGAGCUCAAGACUGAAGUGUUAGUCAUUGGACUCCUGUCAGCCGAAACCCCCCAGCCCGACUUCGAUCAAACAACGCUGGAGAAUUCUUUGGCUAAGACCCGAGAAUCUCUUCAGCAGACUACUGGAAGGCUGGGUGGUCUCCUUAGCACGAAAGCUCAAGUUGAUGAAGCUAUUCAGAAAAAGGAGGCAGAAUUGCGGGAGCUAAAGAAGGAACAGUCUACCCUGGAUAAGCAAAUUACCAAUGAACAGCGUCUGCUUGAGAAAUAUACCAAAAAUGAGGCUGAAUUGGAUCAAGAGCUAAAAACCCAAGCCCGAUCCCAAUUCAUCAUAAGAUAUCAAACGGCUGCCAAUACCAGAAGGCUAUCCAGGGAUGAAAUCAAAUGGACCCAUAUAAAAACCGCCCUAGGGGCAUUGUUGUAAUAGCUUCCCCUUUGUAACAAUACUUGACUUAGUAAUCCAUUUUUUCUUUCUUCUCUCAAAACAAGGAUCACCUUUCAA